AUGCCAAUAGAACCCUUUAACCACAAGAUCUGUUUAAUGUCAAUUUUGGUAAGAUAUCAUCAAGUUCGCCAAUAAUUAUCAUCUAAUGCCCUUAUAGUUUUAAAUUUACUAUGUUCUAUUAUAGGUUUUGGGGGCGCAUUAAAUGCAUUAGAUUAUACGAAGCUUUUUCAGAAAAGUCUUUAGAUGGCUAAUCCAUCUUCUUUGAAUCCUUUCAUGUCCAAUCAAUUGAUCUGCUAGAUGGGUUUAGGGAAUUAAAAGAAAACUAAUACUUUUAAUAAUCCCAUUACUGUUGAGGAUGAUGAACCAUAGUAAGUGUAGAAAUGUCACAAUUAAAAAUGCCAUAAUAAAGGUGAUCGAAAAGCCAAAUCAAGAAAAGGAGAGGCUCUCUAAUUUUGUGAGAAAUGUUUGAGAUUAUACAAUCGUGGAAAUUAUUGUGAUUUUUGUGAAUAGGUAUAUUCAAAUGGUGCUAAUGACUAAGAUGAAUAGGAGUGGAUCUAAUGCGAUGCUUGUGAAAAAUGGAAUCAUUUAAAUUGUGAAGCUAAAUUUAGGAAUCAAAACAUCAAAGAAGAAACUGAAAAUAAAGUAUAUCAUUGUUUGAAUUGCUCUAAAACCAUUAAGAAACAAUAACAAAAUUCUCAACCCUAAAAGAAAUAAGAAAAGUCCACAGAAGAAUACCAACCAAAAUAGAGGCAAAUUGUUGAAUGCGAUGACAAUAGAAUGAGAGAGAAAAAUAUUAACUUCGUUGCCACAAGAGAUAAUAAAGUUUUAUAUAGUAAAUUUAUAAAUGUUAUGAAAUUAUAAGCUUUUAGGUUUAAUCUUUAUGAGGAUGAAAUUAAGCAAGACUUAGAUAGUCUACGGAAUGCAGGCAAGAAAAUGGUUAAGAAAUAGAAUUUAGCGGAUUCCCCCAUAAUGAAAAUAAAUUCUACGCCUUAAUAGUAAUAAUAAUAAUAAUAACAAUAAUAAUAACAAUAAUAAUAAUAAUAAGAGGAUAAGAAUUCUGAAUUUCAAGUGAAUAGCAGACUUAGAACUAGACCUAAUAAUAAGAAUAAAGUUAACUAUAGGUAUUUAGGGGGUGAAUGA